AUGGCCUCGCUUGGCUCCACGACUCCGGAACCUCCCCUUCUCAUCUGGUUAUCUGUACUCUCUGACAACGAGUGUGCCGUUACCCGAGAACACAGGAAAUACGAGCGGAACACGGAGAGCGUCAAUACGAACACAAGGUCGACCUGGCAGCGGAGAAUUCGGCUUCGACUUACCUCGACAUAUAUGCACUUCGGCAUCGAUUACCUGUAUGCGGGUGUAUGCGUCGGGUGCUAG